AUGAACAGGAUUAAGAACACAUUUGCUGUCGCUAAGAGGUUAAAGCUAAGUAGAGUUAUGACGAAUUCAGAAUUACCAAGCAUAUUCGAAGGAACAGUUGAUUUGGGGAUUAUUGGUGGUACAGGUUUAUAUAAUCUUGACUGUCUAGAGCCCAUCGCUUUACUUCCACCCAUGGUAACACCAUGGGGUACUACAUCGUCUCCCGUCACAAUCUCUCAGUUCGUAGGAACCAACAGCCAUUUUCACGUUGCUUUCAUCGCAAGGCAUGGUAUCAACCACGAAUUCCCACCAACCAAAGUCCCAUUUAGAGCCAACAUGGCGGCCUUGAAGAACCUAAAUUGCAAAGCCGUCCUUUCCUUCAGUGCCGUGGGGUCCUUACAGCCCCACAUUAAACCUAGAGAUUUUGUGUUACCACAGCAAAUAAUUGACAGAACCAAAGGCAUAAGACAUUCUUCGUAUUUCAACGAUGAAGGCUUGGUAGGCCACGUUGGUUUCGGUCAGCCGUUCUCCCAAAAAUUCGCAGAGUAUAUCUAUCAAUUCAAGAAUGAGAUAACAAACCCUGAAUCCGAAGAACCAUGCCAUUUGCAUUACGACAAAGACAUGACCGUUGUAUGUAUGGAGGGCCCACAGUUCUCCACUCGUGCUGAAUCUAAGAUGUACAGAAUGUUCGGUGGUCACGUUAUUAACAUGAGUGUUAUUCCUGAAGCCAAAUUGGCACGUGAGUGUGAGUUGCCUUACCAGAUGAUUUGUAUGUCUACCGAUUAUGACGCAUGGAGAGACGAAGCAGAACCUGUUACCGUGGAAACCGUUAUUGGUAAUUUGACCAACAAUGGGCGCAAUGCGAAUCUCUUAGCCUCCAAGAUCAUCGUUUCAAUGGCCAAAGAAAUCCCUGAGUUCAUGCAUACUGGCGAUGGGCUGCGCGGCUCCAUUAAGAAAUCUAUCUCUACCAAACCGGAGGCCAUGUCCAAGGAAACCUUAGAGAGACUGAGAUACUUAUUUCCUAACUAUUGGUAA